CACCCACAAUGCACCGCACGUCGUUCCCCCUCCCUAUGUGGCGCUUUCCCUCUUCUCUCGCCCUGAGUUUCUAUCUAUCGGUGUUGUUGUUGAAGCUAUGAUGGCGGCAGCGGGAUGCGGAUCAGCAACCGCGGCUGCCGUUGUGGGGGCGGGCGGCGUUGGUGCAGCGCGUGGACGCUUCCCCGGUCGGCCGUGGUCGUCGCGAAGCCGUUUGCGCUCGGAGAAGCGAUGGCAGCUCGGCCGCUCCGGGACAGAUCAAGACGAGAUCUCCUCCAGCGGAGGCCCGAGGCCCACCUGCCUGGUGUUCGCGCUGAACGAGGACCAGUCCCACUUGCGCCUGCUCGGGAUCGAGGCGAGCUACAAGAGCCUGGGGGAGGCUGGAUACAGCUCGAGCGGGAGCGAGGAGGGAGCAGAAUUUAAAGGCUUUAAAGUUGAAGAUGAAGACGUCAGUGUCCCAGUUUGCCCUGUACGAAAUCCUUGUAGACGUAAUCGUGCUUCAGCAAAGUCGUCGAAGAGGAUACGUCAAAGGAAAGCUCCUGCAAUGGCUGCGUUGGAAAACACAGGUUCACAAGAUCCUCAAAAGGAUUCAGGUUCUGCACAGCAACUACACAGUCAGCAGCCUCUAAAGAACCCUGUAGUAGAUGAUGGUGGUGGUGGUGGUGCUGAAGGAUCACAAAAAUCCUCUAAAACCAGAAGGAAAAGGGGGUCAAUAAAACAGGAGCCUCAAUCAGCUCCGAGGAUCACAAUCAAGUUGGUAACUAAAAAGACCACGGUCCCCUCAUCCCAACGUAAAUCUGGUAAAAAACGGAAGGGAAUAAAAUUCAAAUCUGAAAUUAUAGAGGAUCCAUGUACCCAAAUCUCAAGCUCUCAUGUGAAAUUAAAAACUAGCAUACCAGCCGUCGACUGCAAUAAUGGUGAGGGAAAAGAGGAGAUUUGUGCCAGAAGGCGAGGAAGAUCUGCAGACAAGAAAUUGGAAUCUGCUCCACAAUCGAAUCCUGAGAAUGCGAACAAUGAGCAAAAACUGAAGUUGAGGAAGUCGACACGAAAGUCUCAAAACUCACUGCCUGGUGAAAGCACAGAGCCAAAAACAGAUGACAAGCCAGAGCAGGAGGGCGCUGAAGUGAAUAAGCUUGUGAUUAGGAGGCAGCGCAAAAGGUUCUCAAACUUUGCACAGGAGUCUGAAAACCAGAGUUUGGCAGAGUCGUUGUUGGAAGUCUCGACUAUUGAAGAAUCCAGGUCGCCAUCAAAAAAGAAAAAGGAGAAAAGGAAGAAAAAGAAGAAGAAGAAAAGCAAGGACUCCGAAAGGACUCUGGAAUCUCAAUCAGGAAUGACUCCUGCGGAUGAUUCCCGUGAAAAGUUCUUCUUCAACAGUGAUUUUGUCGGAAUUCCAAGUUUGAAGUUGACCAGAAUACGCAACCCUAAAACCAGAUCUCGCAAAAAGCGCUGCAGAGUUGUUUGGACUCUUACGCUGGUCAAAACCAAAAACAAAGAUACCCAAGAAAACGCAAGUAAAACACAAGAAAGCCCCAUCAAAGAGGCAGGACCUCCUUCUGAUCCUGUUGAGGAAGAUGUUUCUACAGAAGCAGAAUCCACGUCCAAGGCUUCCAACACAUUGGAGGCUGACACAUCACAAGAGCAGCAAACCUUGGAGAUACCUUCCAAUGCUGAACUUUCUGAAAAUGCAGAGAGCCCAAAACCCACUGAGGAGGUUGAAGAGACCUCAAAGGAGGAAAAUGAGGAGGUCCUGGAAAGAUCUGAAGCUGAUACAGAAGCACAUCCUGAAGAGGCCACUCAGACGGACCCUGAAGAUCUGACAAGGAAAGAUAUCGUUCCUCCACUUCAAAUAAAGGUUGUCUGCUCCCCAGGAAAAAACAACAGUUUAAAGCAGUCCUUCUUGAUUCAGCAAGUCGCAACUUCUCCUGAAAUAAAGGAACUCUCUGCAAAAGCUGUAGACCAUCAGAUACCGGAGAAGUCGGAGAAUGUGUUGAAAAUUACUCCGGUCCACAGAAGGAGGAAUCGGUUACGUCAAAACACUGCCCGGAAGAAGCGUGGAAAACAUAAACACUGGACAAUAUACAGGCGUAAAUGUAAAACAGAUCUACCGAAAGAGAACCUUGCUUCUGAAAUUGAGACUCAGAUGGAUAAGUCUCCAGUAUCGCCAUCAACAGUGCCAGCACCUUCAGAAUCGAAACCAAAUAUGCAGUUGGGUGAAGCUGAGCAUAAAAGUGAACAAGGGUCCAUUUCACCUACUACAGAACCCCAUCCACCUGAAGCAUCUGAACCACAGGUCAUUGAACAAACUGUUGAAUCGUCACCAACCAGUCCUGCGCUUGUGACAGAGCCCCAAAAGGAGAUAAAAGUGGAGGAGAAACCAUCAACUGAGAUUGAAGAGGUUCUAGACGUAGAGGCUUCGGAGAGAGUUCAGCCACAGGUUCCUCGUCCCGUAAGGAGGCGAAUUAAACACGUCAGACGUAAACGUAGGUCUUUGAUUGGACGGAGGUUAAAAAAUCCAAGACUAAGGCAGAAAGAGUUAGUUGAGGUAGAAGUUAGUGAAGAUUGUCCUCCAAUGACGCCCUCAGAAGUAGAGGAGCCAAAACCAAUCAUUGUGUUUUCAACAAAAUGCAAGAGGAAACGAAUUUCUAGUCGUCGGUGUAUAGGAAGUAAAAGAAAACGAGUCAAGCUCCUGUCGAAGCCAUUGGAAAGCACCAGUGAAGAUCAGAUGUCUAAGCAGGGAGACACGGAUUCAGUGAGCGAGAAACCAGAUCAAGAUCAAGAGGUUCAGACCAGCAAGACCAAGUUCAUGAAAAAUAUCAGACAUUUCAUAAUGCCAGUUGUGAGCGCCCGCUCCUCUCGGGUUAUCAAAACGCCAAAGAGGUUCAUGGAUGAUGCUGGUAUGUCUGACCUGCCCCGCAAGAACUCCCAAAAGAAGCUGGGUCUGCAACCGAGAACAAAGAGACAAGAUUCUAGUGACAGAGGUGAGCCUGAAUCCCUUCAGUCUCAGGAUGAAGAUGAAGAUGAGGAUGUGAGUGAAACUCAGACCGAUCUUGAUUUGUCUUCCACCCUGGAAUCAAAACCCAAAUCACCCGAUGACAAUGAGGAUUUCGGUGUAGAAACACCUUCUGGAAAAAGGCGCUCGCUGCUCCGAGAUCCCGGUUUUAAAUGGGGAGUGCUGGAACCUGCCGGUGAGGAUGUGUAUACUUUUGAUGAAGACCUUGACAAAGAGCUGGAGACCUUGUUAUCUGCCAAAGAUUUUACAGUGGAUGCAUUACUCGGUCCUGUCCAAAAGAAGAAAAGGUCCACGAAAUUCAAAGCGCAAUCAUCGAAAUUGAAGUUAUACAAAAAGCUGAAACUCAAACAGAGUCUCGCAAAGCGCCAAAAGAUCCCAGCAGGUGAAAUUAAAAAAGUUGUUUCGCUCCCUGCCAAGGUAAAAAGAACGGCAGAAUUGGAAAAAGGUGCCAGUUUAAUUCAGUCUCUCAGAGACAUGAAGAGGGAAAAAGCCAAACUUAAGAUUGAGGAUCUCAACACCCCUGGGGUUGUUCGCAAAGUCUCCAUCUGUGUCCGAGCUCUUAGUUCCAAGUUGCUAGCGCAACACCAGACAAAAGACAUCGAAGAGGAUGAGCUGACAGAUGAAUUCUCCAUUCAUACAGACAUCUCGCUUCCCAACAAAUGUAAAGACUUUGAUAAACUGCAUCUUGCAGAAUCUAAAAGUCUGACUUCUGAGGAAGCUGCUGAAAACGCGGUUGACGUUGAAGAGAAAGUCGCCUCUCAUCGUCCUCGCCUUACAGGAGCUAACAAACGCAUGUUCAACCUCCUUAAGAAAGCCAAGGUCCAACUCAUCAAAAUAGACCAGCAGAAACAGCUGAAAUCAUCUGGGCUCUUGCCAGAAGGUAGGAUCACAGCAACAAAGAGGCAGAGACGAAAACCGAAGGAACGGCGUGAAAAUGCCUGUCCCGACAAGACUGAUGCCCCUUUAGAGCAGGAGCCUGCCAGAGGAGGACCGCGCAUUAAACACGUAUGCAGGGCUGCAGCUGUGGUUUUGGGGCAACCUCGUGCCAUAGUCCCGGAUGACAUCCCGCGACUGAGCGCGCUACCCCUGCACGAGAGAUCAGACAUAUCCCCUACACCUGCAGAGAAAGGUGUUGAGUCUCACUCUGAUCCAGAAAGCCCUGCAUUACAAGAACACAGAACGCCGAAGUUUCGCAAAAGUAGAGCUCAUCUGCUCGCGAGCCGAAACCGAAGGUGUGGUGAGUGUAAGGGUUGCCACCAUGAGGAGGACUGUGGCAGGUGCGUAAACUGCCUGGAUAAACCCAAAUUUGGCGGCCCCAACACGAAGCGGCAGUGUUGCGUAUAUAAGCGAUGCGAUGCGGUUGAGGCGCGAAAAGCCCGGAGACAGAGUGGGAAGGCCCCAAAAGGGAACAUGAAGAAGCGGCGUCCAUCCAUCAGUGCGGGUCUCUCGAGUAAUGAGGAUGGCGAGGGCGCAGAUGGAAUCGGGCGGACGUUUCCUACCGCAUUGGGCGACAGCCCAUCUGUACGCAAACAGCCACGUCGACACGUCAAACCGCGUUCCUACUUCGACCUGCUGGAUUACGACUCCGACUUCGAUUGGAUUGGUGCCUCGAACUCCACCUCCCCCGGCCGCAGGAAAACUCCUGGAUUUCGCAACGCAGAUUUUGUGUCGUUUGAUGACUUCAUCGGGGACGCUUUUGAUGAAGGAGUGCGACAUCGCAGGCCUGGUUUCCCUAAGGUUCCACCCAUCAGAAGGAAAACAGAGAAGAGUCCUCAGGAACAGACUCCACCCAGCGUUCUUGCUGCUCUAGCCAACGGUUUUGCCGAAAGAGAGACGGAGCCCGAGGAACCCACGCACAAGAUCUGUGUGGAUUUUAAGGAGGACUUCAGUCUGGAAAGCGCUUGGGUCACGGGAGGUCUAAGUAUCCUGACUUCUCUCCCUCUUGUGCCUCAGUACGUCUGCCUGCUGUGUGCCAGUAAAGGCCAACAUGAGAUGCUGCACUGUCAAGUAUGCUGUGAGCCUUUCCAUCGGUUCUGCUUGGAACCAUCCGAGCGCCCCCUGGAGGAGAACAAGGAGAACUGGUGUUGUCGUCGCUGCAAGUUCUGCAGGGUCUGCGGCCGCAAGAACAAAGAAACCAAGCCUCUACUUGAAUGUGAAAGGUGUCAAAAUUGUUACCACCCUGCCUGUCUGGGUCCCAACUACCCCAAACCCAACAAACGUAAAAAGCUGUGGGUGUGUAUGACCUGCAUAAGGUGUAAAAGUUGUGGCGUGACUCCAGGAAAGAGCUGGGACACGGAGUGGAAUCACGACAAGGGGUUGUGUCCCGACUGCACACGAUUAUUUGAUCAAGGAAACUACUGCACCAUGUGCUUCAAGUGCUAUGAAGAUAAUGACUAUGACAGUCAGAUGAUGCAGUGUUCCACAUGUAACCACUGGGUCCAUGCUAAAUGUGAAGGGCUGACAGAUGACCUUUAUGAAAUCCUGUCCAGUCUGCCCGAGAGCGUGGUGUACUGCUGUCAGCCAUGCUUACAAUCCCACCCUGAUGGAGAAAUCAAUGGAGCUGGCUGGAGGGAAGUGCUUCAACAGGAGCUCAGGGCCGGCCUGGAGAAAGUGCUGUCUUGCUUGCUUAGCUCCACCCUUACCAACCACCUGGUCACCUGCAAGGGGUGUGCUGCGCUGGGUUCUCCUAACACUGUGACUGAAGCUUUGCCCGUUUGUGACCUUCACGCUGUCGGAGUGAAGUUUGAGGAAGGCUUGUACACGUCCCUGAAAUCUUUUCAUGAGGAUGUGAUAAAAGUGAUUUGCCGUCACAUUGAAGAAGAAGAAGGCCUUCCAGAGGAUGAAAGACCCACUGCUCUGGCCCGCUCCUACUAUCUGACGCUGAUCGAGGAAGCUUACAGUUGGUUCAACAGUCAAGACCCUAAAGUGUGGGAUCCACGUUCCAAACAUCUGCCUGCUGGUAUGCUUUCACAUGCCGUGAUGCCUCCAAACUAUGAGCAUGUUUAUGCACAGUGGCGUGAGACGGACAGCUGCGAUAAAACUGGGGAUGACGCUUCGCAGCUGGUUGGAGGACACGUUGAUAUUAAAAUGGGAGAAGGGUCGGAUCUUUCCACACCUUUGGCCCAUAACACCAGCAGGAGUUGCUAUAUGGACAUGAGUGCGUUACGACUGAAGCUGAAAGGGAGAAAGGGUCGACAGUCUAAAGCAGACCUAGACACUGGUUGGUCAAAAGAAGAUGAAAGGCAAUGCGCGCUGUGCCAAAAAUAUGGGGAUGCAAAAGCCAAUGAUGCAGGUAGACUGCUUUAUCUGGGGCAGAAUGAGUGGGCCCAUGUGAACUGCUCCAUGUGGUCUGCGGAGGUGUUCGAAGAAGAUAAUGGCUCACUUCUGCACGUCCAUAGUGCUGUUGCUCGAGGUCGUCUGAUGCGUUGUGAACGAUGUAACCGAACUGGGGCGACUGUGGGUUGCUGCCUUACUUCAUGCCAGAGCAACUACCACUUCAUGUGUGCCCGCCACCGCAACUGUGUCUUCCAGGAUGAUAAAAGAGUCUUCUGUCACAAGCACCGGGACCUUAUAAGUGGAAAAAUUAUCACUGGUCAAGGGUUUGAAGUGCUCCGGAGAGUUUAUGUGGAUUUUGAAGGGAUAAGUCUUCGCAGGAAGUUUUUGACUGGAUUAGAACCAGAAUCAAUCAAUUUAAUGAUAGGUUCUUUACUAGUUGAAAAGCUGGGAAAGCUUAGUGAAUUAUCGGCAUGUCAUGGGAAACUUUUCCCUGUGGGUUAUAAAUGCUCUCGCUUUUAUUGGAGUACUGUAAACCCCCUUCGGCGCUGCAAAUAUACAUUUCGUGUUCGAGAUGUCCGACCCCCUGUUCAGGAAAAACCAGUGGAAGAGCUACCCAAUCAGGGAGAAAAUUGCACAAUUGCCCACAGCCCGUGCUCCCAGUCAGAAUCUGAAGCUCAAGGAGCAGACUUUACCCCUACAAAUCCUUCCACUGAAAGAGAUUCCACCUCGGUAUCUGUUUUUGCCAAACCGGACUUCGGUGCCCGACCCAAAAUCUCUUUAUACCCUCAGAACAGAAGACCUGCUGGAGGGCUGUCCAGACCACUGCCUUCUCCAGGAGCGGCCCCGUCCAAGCCUCACCACAUCUUGACUAUUAGUGAUUUGGAUGACACUCGAAGGCCACGGCGGCAUAGCCCACACUCUCAGAAUAGUGGUACCCGCAGUCACAUGACGUCCCCUACUCUUGGAUCCCCAGCAGGCCCAAUCACAUCUAGAGCCGGUGGAUCCCACCACCAUAAAACCUCCCAACCUUCCUCCCCAGUUUUUCCUCUUGGUGCUACUGAAAACUUGCUGACCUCUUCAUCAGCUCGCUCUGUUGGUCGAAGUGCUUCCUCAGUCCGGGGUUCUGGAAUAUUGAUGCCCCAUUCUACCUCAGGACUGUUCUCACAGUCCACAUGGCAAGGUGGCAUUAGCGGUACACCAUGCACCAACCGAGCCCUCAGCUCUCCCACCCAUCUGUCCACAAGACCACGACCUUUUGAGUUCAGUCACUUAGACUCUGUAGAACUUCCACACAAUUUCAUAGCAUCACCACAAGAAUAUCCAACAGAAAAUGGUGCCUUGCCUUUAGGAGAUCCUUUAGGUAUGCAAAAAGUCAAUCAUCUAGUAAGCGACAAGGAUUUCCCUUACCCUUCCUUUCACUUAGAGGCAGACCUAACUAUUGCACCGGAGCUAAAAACUGAGCUUGAAAUUGAAGAAACUGUCCUGAAUGAGGGAGUAGCUAUGAACUGCAGUGCGCAAAUUGUAGUUGGUGAAGAAAGCCAGGAAGGCUUUUGGGUCCCAGGAGAGGAGAAGUCAAAAAUGUCUGCUCCCAGAUUGACUUGUUCAGUUGACCCUUGUAGGCAAGACUGGGACAAUAGUUCGUCUGAUGAAGACAUGGAAAACUACUUUAAUUUCACUCGCACUGUGGUUAGUCGCAAGGCUCCAAAAGAUGCCUCUCUGACACCUACAUCUCCAUCUCUGAGGCAUAUUUCACAACUUGAUGGUGUAGAUGAUGGGACAGAGAGUGAUACAAGUGUGGCUAACACUGAUAACCAGAGAAUGAAGAAAUUGAAUCCGGUCCAAAAGCCACACAAAUCAUUUAAUCCUGAACCUCAUGAACAGACAGCCAGCAAUGGGCUCUGUUUAGCUUUUCCAAGUCCUGUUUCUAAUAUUUCAUUAAAUAGAUGUUGUUUAGAACCCAUGUCCAAUCCUGUUGACACUCUUGCCUCAGAGGCUGUUGUUGUUUCUGAUUCUUCUACAGUAACUCAACCAUUGCAUUCAAACCCUUUGUUAUUUUUACCUCCACAAGACUCCACUUUGACUAAUUUUGUAGACCCUAAGUGUUUAAACACAGCAUUUUCUGCAUACAGUGAAGAUUACCAAACAUCUAGUUUAGUUUUUGACCCAGAGACACCCCUGAUCCUUGAGAGAUGUGAUCCACCUUUACCCAAUGCAAGUUUCACGGAGCUGGUCCCAGUUCAGGAAUACUCUACUGUUGAACCUCAAAAAGAGUCAAAGGAAAUUUACUUGGAUCCUAGUAGUGGGCACUUUGUAUCUACCAUGGAUGGCUCUACAGUUUACCCAAACAACUUGCCAGAGGCUAUUUCUGACAUUCUUACUUUGGGCCCAGUUAAUGGAAUUCAGGCUCCACUGCAUCAAAUUCCUGUUCCUUACACAGAGUUACCUAUAUCUGCAUCAUCUGUUGAACAUUUAUCCUCUGAUCCCACUGUUCAAAAUCCCUUAACAACAUUUUCAAACCAGGCACCUUCUUCAAAUGUUAAUUUGUAUCCUGUCCAAACUCCUGAGGGUAGGAUGGUUUUGCCUCCCAUGGAGAGUUUCAGAACCAAGCUGCAUCCACCGGCAGACCCAAAGCAUCCAGCCCCUUCAGUUCCUGGAGGCGCAAUGCCGUGUGUUCCCACAAAUUUGCCACAGAAACCAGAUUCAAUGCUCUCUGUGCCAUCAGCCACUGGUGUACCCCCUGGGACUUAUGAACCAGUUUCUGCCACAGAGUCUGUCUCUUUGUAUCCCAUUUACUCACAGCCCAUUGGUUCUACAACAGUAGGCGAAGUUUUGUUAUCUCCAUCUGUAACCUCUCAAACAUCAGCUCAGUGCCAAUCAACGCCAGGUGCCAUUGAGCCAGACUCUGCUCCAGGUGUCAUUAAUGGGUACAACACCAUGCCUAUGCAAAAAGAAACUGGCCCAGGACGGACAAUUUCCAUAAAUUUCUCAACCCCCAGAACAACAUCGGAACCUCAACAACAGUUGGUUACCCAGGCAUUACCAGGUCACGCUAUUCUCACUGUAAAAGAAGUGGGUGGACCCAAUGUGGAUCCCACCCCACAUGUUUUACUAGUCAAUCGACUGGGUCAGAUUUUUGUCAAGAACCCUGAGAGCAACACCUUCCAGCUUCCAACUCCAAAUUCACCUUCUUUCAAUUGCGUCACCCAAAUUGCCAGCCUCUUGCAAAGCAAUGCCUUGUCAGCGACACUUGCUGCAGCUAGUACCUUGUCCACAGUGGCCGGGCCCACCAUUCCAGCACAAGUCCCCCAAAUUGUGACUCCGAUAGUACAGACCUCUAACACCAUUACCCAGCUACUCACUACCAGUAGCAACGGGUCGGCAUCAUUACCAGCUGAUGCUAAGAAGCCUCGUAGGAAUGCCAAAGCUUCUUUAGAUGGUUCCACAGCAGGGAUGAAGAAACCACGGACAAAGAAGGAUUCUUCCACACCUAGGCGGCCCAAAUCUGCUCCCUCAAGCAAACAGUCUGCAGGUCAAGUUACAACUUCCUCAGAUGUCUGUAAUCAAGCGGAAAGUGCUCAAGCUAUCAUCAACCAGGCUAUGGCUGGUUAUUAUGACCCCAACAAGACUGUUUUUAGCAUCUCACCACCACAUAACACUACCCCUGCUGGCCGGCCUCAAACAUUUAGCUCAGUAGUUUUACCCGAAGAUCUCCUUGUUGAACCAAAAGCAGUAGCUUCUCCACCAUCUCCACCAGAAGCAGCACCUCGACCAAAGCAGGUUCGAAUGAAAAGAGUGUCCUCUCUUUCUGACCGAAUUGCCACCAAGAAAUCAAAAGCAGACUUUUUAGAAUUCGAUCGCCUUAGUGGAUUGGAAGAAGCACGCAGGUCUAGCUCACUAUCAGCAAGAUAUGGAGUUCGAAUCAAAACACCAACCGUCAAGGGAAUACUCGAUCUGGAUAAGCUAAAUGAAGAGCCAAGUAGUGACUCAGAGAGUGCAAGGUCUGGUCCUUGGGAUCGUCUCUCAUUGUCUCGAGUUGGAGACGGCAACAAACCAGCAAAUUGGGAUUCUGCUAAUCGCAGUGCACUAACUGACUGGAACAAAUACUCAGGGAUGCCGUCUUGCUCAGACAAUGAGUUUCCUCCAUCAGACAGUGAAGAAGAGAGUCCCCCUAAUCGUGACCAGCCCCACCUACGCUUUGAGAUCUCAAGUGACGAUGGCUUCAGUGUAGAGGCAGAGAGCAUUGAAGUGGCUUGGACAGCUGUUCUCGAUAGAGUCCAGGAGACCCGUGCCGUCGCCGGUCUAAGACAGCUUUCUUUCUCUGGGAUAACUGGGGCUCGUAUGAUGGGAAUGCUGCAUGAUGCUGUAGUUUACCUUGUGGAACAGCUUGAAGGGGCCAAACGUUGCCAUCGUCACACUUUCCGCUUCCAUAAGCAACCCAGCCAGGAUGACGAUUUGCCUGUUAACCCGAGUGGCUGUGCACGCUCUGAAGUCUACUUGAGAAAGUCAACCUUUGAUAUGUUUAACUUCCUGGCGUCUCAGCACCGGCAGCUUCCUGACACUGAUCUGUAUGACGAAGAGGAAGAUGAGGUUCUUCUCAAAUCAACCAGACGUGCGACGAGUUUGGAGUUGCCAAUGGCGAUGAGGUUCAGACAUCUAGAAAGAACUUCCAAGGAAGCCGUCGGUGUUUAUAGGUCUGCUAUUCACGGAAGAGGUCUUUUCUGCAAGCGAAACAUCGAGGCCGGAGAAAUGGUCAUCGAGUAUUCAGGCAUCGUCGUCCGAUCGGUUCUUACAGAUAAGCGCGAGAAGUAUUACGACGGAAAGGGCAUCGGAUGUUAUAUGUUCCGCAUUGACGACUUUGACGUGGUGGACGCCACCAUGCACGGCAAUGCGGCGCGCUUCAUCAACCACUCCUGCGAGCCUAACUGUUACUCCCGGGUCAUCAACGUCGAGGGUCAAAAGCACAUUGUCAUCUUCGCCCUGCGCAAGAUCUACCGCGGUGAGGAGCUUACCUACGACUACAAGUUCCCAAUAGAAGAUGCCAGCAACAAACUCGGCUGCAAUUGUGGUGCCAAGCGCUGUAGGCGCUUCUUAAACUGAGCAUUGACGGAGGUCUAAGUAGGCGAUUUCUUCUGGGAAAAAUAACAAGAGUCAUUGCAUUCAUUCGAAGUUCAUCAGUUUUGUGUUACUGAGAAAUGGAAGACCAACUUUUCUGAGGAGAAAAUUUUAAAAACGCUCCACCCUGUUUUCAUUAUAUUCCAGUAAUUUGACAUAAUACGGUGUGCAGAAAUGUUGUCAGGCCUUCAAAUAAGUUCAUGCCGUCAGGCCUUCAAAGAAGAUCAUGCUGUGAGCUGCAUCCUUUGCGGUAAUGCGACAUCUGAAGAGUUACUGUUUAAGAAACUGAGCUUCUUGAAGUCACCUUCUUGAGUCUUGUUUUUAGCCCGCUGUCAAGCAGAUCUAGAUUAAGGAAAUGACAUCUGUCACUACUUCCCCUUCAGCCCACUAUAAAGCGCUGUAAUAUCAAGUUCUCAACAAAAACGCCUCUGUGCAUGUGGAAAAUUGUGUAGUGAGGAGCCCAUAACGCAUCACAACAGUGACGACACUCUGUAAAAACAUUCAUGUUAGUAAUGAAUGAUAUAGACGUAUAAUUCAGAAUUGUGCUUUCAUACCAGAUCACACAACAGGUUGAGAUGGGACGACUCAGGACGACACUGUAGAACCGGUCGGUUCAUUCCUCGCGCGUGGCAAGGCGGUACUUGAUGCGUUUCGUUGCAUUUCAUUUAACACAUCUUGAAAACAUCGAAUGUCUUGGGCGUGAUCGUUUUCUGGCUAAUUUUUAUUAUUAUUUAUUUUUCUUCAUCUUUACAGGAAGCUGACUUCGUUUUUCCGCCAAAAGCUUGUUCUGUUUUUUUUGGGCUUAUGCUGUAUCGUAAUACUCUCUCUAGGUGGUUUUAUCCUCCUACUCCACUUGAAAGCCUUAUGGUGCUAUGCUUAUAGUCCUGAAUAAGAGGAAAAACGUAGUUUUCUUGUCGUGUUAGAGAACUGGUAAACAUAAUGGCAAACAAAACUAACAUUCUUUGUAGUAAACGCGUGCACGUGUGUUCGUAGUAGUUUCACCCUACACCAACGACAACGUUUUGGCACGUUUGCGAUUCGUACUUCUUGGUAUUUAAUUUUCUUUCAAAACAAGAAGAAAAUCAUGCCUGGAAAGUAUAUAAAUAUAUUUUUCUUGUUAUCGUGUAGUAGGACACUACUUAAGCUCAUUAAACGCAUCCUCAAAGCAUCCAAGCUUUGAAGGUGUGAUGUCAUCGUGGAUUCUUCCUGCAAUAAAAGAAAAACGUUUUUUUUUUUUUUUGCCACAGUUGCACAUACGACUGGAGCUGUACGUUUAUCGAGUGUCUUACAGCGAUAGGACCUCGGAGGCGAUGUAUACUGGUGACUUUAAAAAUGUCAUGACUGCAUUAUAUUGUUCAGCAGAAAUAUAUCUAUAUAUAUUUAUAGAAGAGUUAUUGAAACGAUUUUCAGCAGAUCAGUGACCCGGCGCUAGAGUUGGUUCUUUACAUAGGCCGGUGCCGUUGUUUAUCUUAGAGUAUAAAAGAUGUAGGCUUGUUCUAUUUAUUCCCGUUUGUCUGUGCUUUGUAUGUGACCAAGGUCUUAUCGGAAAGUUUCUUCAGGGUGUUUAUUAUUUUUUUUAAACGUUUCCCUUCUUUCUUUAACUUGAACGUUGAGGACGAGUUCUUGCAAUGUGGCCUUUUAAAGAGGUGAUGUUGUAUUUUUUUAAACGAUCUUAGUUGUAGAUUUUAUUUGACCCCCAUCGCGAUGUCGUCUCCUGCUUAUUUUGUUGUUCCUGGGGGAUUUCCAUCGGAGAGCAAACAUUUGAGAUUUUAAUCAACCCUCCCCUGACUUGCAAGGAUUCUACCUCAAGCUGUUCAACUAACGUCAACUAAUGCAAAUCUAAUGAGAAUAGAGCGUUGCGUGGUCUGUGCUGUCAUGCAGAGAUGGAUGUGUGCAAUGAAGGAUGCAAUGCACUCGUCAGCUCCUCGUGUGAUGAUGCGUCUCUCAGAGCUUAUUGAGAAAAAUCUGUCUGUUCCUGUGUAGGUUAUUUUAAAAAAAACAUUGUUGAAAGACUUAAAAAUGAGUAAAUGUCUUUGCUACCUUGUACAAAUGAACCCUAAGUUUGUAAAUAGUUGUAUACAUAUUUCUAAACCUGUUUAAUUUUUCUAUGCACUUUUUUAUUUAUAAUGUUUUUUGCUUAAUAAAGAUGUAAAAUGUUUGAACAAA